ACAGUGUCUACAGCGGUGAACAAAAAGCUGACUGGAGUUUAUUUACUUUUACAAAUUGACUGGAGUCAGCAAGACUCGACUGAUUAAUCAACAACUCGUUCAAUACCGAAUGUAGCAACACCUCGUUUUUUUACGAAACUACACUAGACGCGGCACAAUAAAUUGCCAAAUGACGACGACCUCGCAAGAGGUUAGAAAUCGACGGACAGCUUGCAUCGCCUGCACGACCAGACUCUAGAGAAGGUGGCGAUCGUGCUGUAAAGAUCCCAAACUGGACCAGGUAGCUUGCGGCAUAUCUCGUAUCGAUGACGAGACAGCGACACGCGCGACUCAUCAAUUAUCUUGGCAACGAUGGCCAAUCCUAUCCACCCGCUGCCCGAACUUCUGCAGCACGUGCCGCAACCUAGCAUUACCCACCUCACGCCUGCAGCACGUAGUUUCCAUGUUCGCGAAUUAAUGAGCUACAUGGAUACGACACUCCCGGGCCAGCUGAGGCAUGUGGAGCCCGACUCUCCGGAGCAGCAACAGCAGCAGCAGCAGCAGCAGCUACAACAUCAACAUCAACAUCGACAUCAGGAUCAGUUGUAUACAUCUGAUCCUGUGCUUGUCACCUCAGCUGCUGCUUCUGCCGCAGUCAAGUAUCGCUCCCAAUACAUACCACCCAUUGGAGUAUUCUGGGAUAUCGAGAACUGUCAAGUACCAAGAGGACGCUCUGCUAUGGCUGUAACCAAAUUAAUUAGAGAUAAGUUUUAUAAUGGCUACAAAGAAGCUGAAUUUGUUGUAGUGUGUGAUAUACAAAAAGAAAACGAACAAAUUAUUAAGGAACUCAAUGAUGCACAAGUAGAUUUAAUUCAUGUGUCAUCAACUUGUAAGAAUGCAGCUGAUGAAAAACUCAGACAAUUUAUGAGACGUUUUGCUGAUACUCAUGGCAGCCCAGGUGCUAUUAUUCUUAUUUCUGGUGAUGUUAAUUUUGCUUCUGACCUCAGUGACUUAAAGCAUCGUAAAAAGAUUCAUGUAAUUUUGUUGCACAACACAAAUACUUCUGAAGCUCUGAUAAUGUGUGCAGAUGAACACUAUGAAUUUUCAAAUUUAUUAAAAAAAUUACCCCCACGAUCCCCUACUAAACAACUAGGAAAUCAAGAAACCUUUGAUAUUCUUGUCAAUAAUCUUCCAGAAGAUAAGGAAACUAGCAAGAUUAAACACCGCUUAAAACAGCUGUCAUACAACUGUGGUGGUCGAGUGAUACAAAUACGUUCAAAUAUGGCUGUGGUACGAUUUACAAGUCAAGAAUUGGCUGAGAGAGCCGAGAAGCGUAUGCAAGGAGAAUUGGUAUUUAACCAAAAAAUCAAUGUCAAAUGUUUAAAAGUUAAAGAUAUAUUCAAUAAAACUCAAGAUAAAUCCCUAGUCCAUGAUAACGCAAUCAGUAGUGAACCGGAAGCGGUGAACGAAUCUACGAAUGAAAUGUAUCAUAAUUCAGGGGCACAUAAUUCAGGGGCAAAUGGAAGAAGCUUGCCCGGAACUCCUCAUCAUUAUCCAUCGACUCCGAUCGUAGGAAACUAUGGUCAUUGGAAUGGUGUUAUGAGCACUCCUCAAGGAGGUUUUCCCCCACCAAUGCACAGAAUACGUACAACUGAUGCAUCCUGCAGGCUCCAGGAACAAAUAGCAAGAAAUUCUCCUCAAGUUUGGGCAGCACCGACCACCCCCCAUCCAUGGCCACAUCGUGGAUGGGACGAACGUAGAACCAGUCGGGAAUACCCCUCAGACACUUCACAUACCUUCCGUACAUCUUCAACAGGCCGUCAUAAAGGUUCUGUGCCAUUCCCUCGAUUUGACCACCACCAUCCGAUACCAGAUUCGAUAAUGUCCAGAAAUUGGCCAAAUGGUGGUAAUCACAAUGGACCAACUUACAAUGAAUAUCGCGGUACAUCUCCAACGUAUUACAAUAACCAAGAUAACUGGAGAAAUCAGAAGCAUCGUACACCUUCGCCAACUCCUAGACCGUAUUCUCGCACUCGCAGGUCUAUUACUCCUUUACAGGAAAAUAAUUCUGAUAAUGAUGAAAUAGAAAGUAUUUUCAAUCCUAGAAACGGGCCAAUCGAACUUCAAGUUACAAAUUUAGAUCAAAAUAUUGAUGCCAAAGACAUGAGGCGAAUACUAACGGGGGUAUUUAGUGCGAAUGUAAUGGUAUUAGGUGUUACUACGUUUUCUCAGACCGACGGAAACUAUGCUGCUACUGUAAAAGUGCCUUCGAUAGCAGAGGCGCAAUACGCCAUAUCAAAAUUGCACCGUCAUAAAAUUGGCUUCAAACGUAUUCUGAUAUCUUAUGCUCACUCUGGUGGACCUAAUCCACAGAUAGUUCGAUCUCAAGUUGUGAUGCUGUUACAAGAAGUAGCUGGACAUACAUUACCUCUGUUUAAAUUUCGUGAUAUGUACGAAAAUCGUUACUUGUCAACUAUCAGCAUUUCUGAGCUAUACAAACUGAGGGAUGUCUGCCUCAUUAGUGACGAUACUACUGGUCGAAUGGUUUCGCUUAAUCCAGAUCAUCGUGAUACACCACCGAUUUGCUUGAAUACAACUCUGGAUGGCCAAGCUCUAGAACUGCCGUACUGUUUAAUACACGCCCAAAAACCUUUAGGCGAUAAGGGAUGGGCCGAGCAAGAAAUGGCAACUCUGCCUAACAUCAAGAUUUCGUUGAAAUUGCUUAAUGAACGAGUUAACAGACUUUUAACAACUCAUCAGGGUAGUUUACCACUGCCAAGUUUUCCGAGUUGUUAUGAGGCUGAGUUUGAUAAACCUCUUCAAGUUGAUGAAAAUGGAGUCCCCCUUGAACAUUUGAUAUCUUGCCUAAAUACAAUAGAACUUAGGCAAGGGCAACUUGGAAGUGUGAAACACAUUAUUUGGUCUGGUAGUAGCCACAAUGAAAAUUACGAAGAAAAUAAGUGUCCACCAAUCAGUCCACCAUUGGCAAAUCAAUUGGCUCUAUUUAGUCGCGAAUUAGUGGAUCUAUUGAAAACAGCGCCCCAUUGUCAACUAUCUUUUAAUCGUUUUAUACCAGCAUAUCAUCAUCAUUUUGGAAGACAGUGCAGAGUUGCCGAUUACGGCUUUACUAAACUAAUUGAUUUACUAGAAGCUUUGUCUCAUACUGUGCAAGUCAUGGGUGAGGGUAACAAUAGAAUUGUCACGUUGUCGCAUAGAGCGCAAGUUCGUCGCUUUACGUCGGAUUUGCUUCGCGUAUUGAAGGCACAAGCCAGCAAGCAAGUGACUCUAUCUGAAUUUCCCGUGGUUUACUCCAGAGUCAUUGGCAAGCCAUGGGAUGUCGCAGAUUAUGGUGUAUGCGAGCUAGAUGAUAUUCUUGGUGAAGUAUCUGAAAACACCGUGGUUGUAAAUAGUUGGAAUAAUGGUCAAGAUCGCUUAAUAGCUAUUCCGAAGCGUGAACAAACAGCUGAAGAAAUCGAAAAAACGAGACAGUUUGCCGCUGAGGUCAUUGAAUUAUUAAAGCAUGCACCACAACAAAGGAUGCUAUUCAACAAAUUUGUGCCUUCGUACCAUCAUCACUUUGGUCAUCAGUGUCGGGUUUCGGAUUAUGGUUUCACCAAACUUAUCGAACUGUUUGAGGCUAUUCCAGACAUUGUCAAGAUAGAAGAAGUCAGUGGUGGCGAGCGAAGAAUUUCUUUGACGGAAAAAGAAGGACUUCGAGUUCUUGGUGAACAAAUUUCAAAGCUGAUAGCUUGUUGCGGCAAUCCUAUCAAUGGUCAACUAAUGAUUUCAAAUGUAUCCCAAGCAUUUUUAAAAGAAUUCGGUUAUUAUUUGAAACCUGAAUUGUUCUCCUGCAGUUCAAUAUCUCAAUUGAUGGAAAAACUUGAGGGGUCUAUCAAGAUUGUUAAUACAAGAAAUGGAGCUGCUAUUGUAUCAGUUGAUAAAAGUCAUAUUCAACACCUUGGUCUCGAGUGCCGUCGUGUACUUAUGGAUGUGCCAAAUAACUGCCUGGCUAUUGGCAAAUUUGAGCAAUGCUACGAGCAAAUAUAUCAUAAAAAAUGUUGUAUUGAGAAGUAUGCCCAUAGCUUGGAACAUUUUGUUCGUGUAUGCAACAUGAACAAUGAAUGCUUCAUUGAACUGACACCAUUGCAACGUUUUGCUUGCAAUGUGCAACGCGUUUUGAUGCAUCACAAUGGCAAAGUAAAUAUAUCUCAAUUUGAGGCAGCCUACUUGAAAGUCACUGGAGCAGCUUGUCGACCUGCUCAGUAUGGCUUUUCAUCGUUGUUUCCUUUGCUCUGUGCCAUACCCUGCACUGUUGUAGUGAAAGAAGUGCGUCACAGAAGAAAGAUUGUACAACUGAAUAAAAAAUUGGCAGCUGUGGGUUUGUUGCCACCAUCUUACCCAUCUUCACCUUAUCAAGAUACGGAUUCUAGCACUGAUUCAAUUGAAAAUGAAUACUUUUCUGCCAUGGUAUCUAACCAAUCUUCGUUAUCAAUGCCUGAAUGUUCUACUAAAUGGGAUAACUCGCAGCAGUAUUCCUGGAAUAACGAACAAGCCAUGAAAUCGGAUCAUUGGGCAUUAACUAUGAACGAGGACUCUCAACAGUGGUUAACUAUGGAUGGUAAAAAUGAAGGAGUCUUUGAGAGUCUUAAGAAUUUUUCGAGCUCAUUUCCUCCACCUCCUUCAAAACCGCAUACUUCCGGGGAAACAUUGAAUAAAGUAAACAAUCGUUGGCCACCAACGUCUAUUUGGUCCACGCCACCAAAGUACUUUUCCACAAACGUUGAAGUACCACCUCUGACUUUAUCUCCAUUAAAGCAAAUCACUACAAGUGAAGCUGCUGAUAAUUUGAUAUCUCCAACAAGGAAUUUGCUGCCAGCUGCUGCUAAUCCUCUAAAUCCACGCUUGUCACCAUACUUUACUAAUAAACAUAAUGUAGUUGCUCCACAUCCUUCGGAAUUACCAUUACCAUGCGUGUUCACACCACCAAAAGAAGUUCCUGCUAGGGUCAGUGUAGAAAAAGAAAGCAUUGAUAGAAUCAAUGAGACUCCAAACAAUACUCCCAGCAAACGUGCCUUUGUUGGGAAGUGUCGUUUAGCCGCUCAAUUCAAUCAGCCCCCUGCUGAUACAUAAAAAGUUUGUUGAAUACGCAAUCGUACAUGAAAAAAUACUCAAAAAAAUAGCAAAAUACCAAAAAUAUUAAUUUUUGCACUUUUCGUGCAAAUGUCCACCAUUGCGAGCACGUUUCCUGAUAAUAACAAGUAGGUAUACUCGUUAAAAAAUUAUUCGAGUUAAUUCGAGUAAAUAAUUCGAGUAAAUUCUUGCAUAAAAUUUUUGUCAAUAAUGAUACCAAGUUGUCAAUGUAAAUCCAUACAACAAAAUUAAGUAUCAUUAAAGUCAUAGUGUACAUUAUAGGUAUUUAAGGUCUACAUAAAGCUUUUUUUACCACGACUCAAAGAGUCUUGAUCAAAUAUUGUUAAUUAUAAAGUUUUGAUCCUGUAUAGCAUUUGCUAAUCUGUGAUAAAUAUUCUGUAAAAAUUGUUUCCUAACUAUACUUAACCGUUUAAAUCGAGUAACUUAAUUCACGAUCCGAUUUUAGUAACGGGUAGAUAUUUCCGAUUGUUUUCUUUUAUUUUUAUAAAUACGAGAUAACACUAUCAAGUACAGUUUUGACUUAGUCAUAUUAACAUUAUAUUUUUUUUAAUGUACUUUUUACAACGUUAGCUACGGAGCGUUGAUAUAGGUAUUGAAAAAAAGUAUAUAAUGAUUGUCAUGUUUUUAUAAUGCUUCAAAAAUGAUGAAAAAACUAGUAUGUAGAUGUCAUACAUUUAAUUACGUUACAAAUAAUUAUCGUAAAAUUGUUGCGAGCAAGUAAUAAAGUAUUCUGUUGUUUAAAAGAAAUUGUAAGUUUCCAAUCUUAUAGGAUUGUUUUUCAAAAGUAUUAAAGCGAUUGGUAAAUAUAAUGAUAAAUGGCUAAUGUAUUGCGUAUUUUAUAUAUUGCCACUUCGUUUACGGUUGCAGUGAAUGGCAUUUUAUAAAAAAAAAAAAAAAAAAAAAAUUAAUAUUUAGCUAUAACUUGACAACAGAUAUAGAAAAUGAUGUGAUUUGUAAUUUAUAUGUUUGUUUGUUGAUUUUUGUCUUUUUAAGUGUUCAUUAGUUUUAAAUUGAAAACGUCUUGGUCCUUCUUAAAUAUUAAAAAAAUUGUAAAUUAUACCGUAAAAUUAAGUUUGAAUACCAUUCAGUACUGUGGCUGUCGGAAAAGAUCCGAUCGAUCUUUUUAACAUUAUGAGAUUCAUAAAUUAUAAAAUAUGAGAAAAUAUAAAAGUUCGGUACUUUUUUUAAUUUUCGAUUAAUGGUGUAGGGUGAUAACGAGUUUGGAAAUGUAAAUUUAAUGCAAAUGAAGUGAAUAAAAGCCAACUCAUAUAAUUUAUUAAUAUGUAUAGUAAACGAGAAAACCAAAACUUUAUUUUCGAAUAAAGUUUAGUAAAUAUAGAACUGUUUAUUCUGUAUUUCAAUCUGUUAAUAUUUCGAUUUUAAAAUGUUUUUCUUAGUUAAUAUUGUAUAUAAAAGUCAUGUUUAUAUCGUUUUAUUAGAAUUACUCUCGUUUACUAUAGUAUAAUUUUGUUAAAACGU